ACGUUCAUCUUAGCCAGUAGGCUACGGAAACGCUUAAUGGGAGUACGAAUUGACGAAUCCAGAAGAUCGGAAGACGAUGAUCAGAUGACGGCUGAUGCGUUUUUACAGUCGUCCUCAGAGGAGGGCGGAGCAGCUGACGUUCGAAUUUCGUUUUCGACUAUGCUCAGUUCAAAGGCAUGGGAAGCCGAGUGA